GGGAGCCGGCGAGUAGGAGGGGGCGCUGGGCUAUAUAUAUAGCGGCUCGGCCUCGGGCGGGCCUGGCGCGCAGGGAGGCGCGCACUGCUCCUCAGAGUCCCAGCUCCAGCCGCGCGCUUUCCGCCCGGCUCGCCGCUCCAUGCAGCCAGGGUAGAGCCCGGCGCCCGGGGGCCCCGUCGCUCGCCUCCCGCACCUCUUCGGCUGCGCACUCCCGCCCGAGCUAGGCCGUGCGCUCCCGCGGGCAGCCACAGGCUCAGCUCUGCCCACCAGCUUCCCGGGCGCACUGACCGCCUGACGGAGGCACGGCCCUCGGGCCGGGAUGUCGGGGCCCGGGACGGCCGCGGCAGCGCUGCUCCCGGCGGUCCUGCUGGCCUUGCUGGCGCCCUGGGCGGGCCGAGGGGGCGCCGCCGCACCCACUGCACCCAACGGCACGCUGGAGGCAGAGCUGGAGCGCCGCUGGGAGAGCUUGGUGGCGCGCUCGUUGGCGCGCCUGCCGGUAGCAGCGCAGCCCAAGGAGGCGGCCGUCCAGAGCGGCGCCGGCGACUACCUGCUGGGCAUCAAGCGGCUGCGGCGGCUCUACUGCAACGUGGGCAUCGGCUUCCACCUCCAGGCGCUCCCCGACGGCCGCAUCGGCGGCACGCACGCGGACACCCGCGACAGCCUGCUGGAGCUCUCGCCCGUGGAGCGGGGCGUGGUGAGCAUCUUCGGCGUGGCCAGCCGGUUCUUCGUGGCCAUGAGCAGCAAGGGCAAGCUCUAUGGCUCGCCCUUCUUCACCCAUGAGUGCAAGUUCAAGGAGAUUCUUCUCCCCAACAACUACAACGCCUACGAGUCCUACAAGUACCCCGGCAUGUUCAUUGCCCUGAGCAAGAAUGGGAAGACCAAGAAGGGGAACCGAGUGUCACCCACCAUGAAGGUCACCCACUUCCUCCCCAGGCUGUGACCCUCCAGAGGACCCUUGCCUCAGCCUCGGGAAGCCCCCGGGAGGGGAGUGCCGAGGGCCACCUUGGUGCACUUUCUUCGGAUGAAGAGUUUAAUGCAAGAGUAGGUGUAAGAUAUUUAAAUUAAUUAUUUAAAUGUGUAUAUAUUGCCACCAAAUUAUUUAUAGUUCUGCGGGUGUGUUUUUUAAUUUUCUGGGGAAAAAAAAAGACAAAACAAAAAACCAACUCUGACUUUUCUGGUGCAACACUGGAGAAUUUUACCAUUGGAUUUCUUUAACUUGUCAAAAGUUGUCACGAGUGUGCUGCUAUUCUGUGUUUUAGAAAAAGGUGACAUUGGAUUCCAAUGUCAACCCCUGUAGUAUGGCGUGGAGCAUCUCUGUCUGGAAAGGCCUGCCUGAGGCCUGGGAAGCCAGUUCAGGGAGCUCCCAGGCUUGGCUCUGGGCUAGCAUCCUCAGAGGCCCGCUCCCUUUGUGCCCUGUUGCUAUUAAUCGGGACAUAUCGGUUUACUUCGGGUACAGAAAGUGUGGUGUUGAAGUCCUCGCUGCCACUCUGUUUUUAGAUCUGCCAAGACUGACCUUUGAACUUUCCUGUAGUCAAUCUUCCUCGAUCUACCAGAUGGGAGAGACCCUUGGACAACUUUAUAAACUCCUGUUUGCCUUUUUUGGAUCAGCGACAGCCCCCAUCGCUGUGACUAUUGGGGAAAAGACGAAGCUCUUUCAUAAAUUCCAUGGAGAGGAAUCAAUAUCCCACUGGAAGGCUAGAAAUGGACAAGAUAGUGUAUUUGCAAUCACAAACAAAACCCUAGUGACGAAAAGUAAUUUGUGAUGGCAGAUGCUUCUGAUGGUGUGAUAGAAUAUGUUUUUGAAAACAAACCAUCAACCCCCCCCCCACCCCCAAAACGGGCUUCCCUGUGUUUAGGGAGCUUCGGGCUAGAGCUAGCUAUGAUUUUUAGGUGAAAUGUCCUUGGAAUUGUACAAAACACUUGGUGCAGUGUUUGCGUGGAGGAGCCUGCUGCUUUCUGAUGCAUUCCCUGCUUAAGUGCAUUUAACAUCUACCUCACAAGCCCUGAAACCCCAGGCGAAACCUACAGAAAGCUCAGACCCAGUGCAGGAGUUUGCCAUCCCAAGUGGCUUUUUUUCCAUAUGUAGCCAAAAAGGAUUGCAGAUAGCGUUGGUGCGUCCCAUUCGAACCUUGUCACGUUUGAGCUAUCUUUACCCUGUGAUUUACUUUUAGUAAGGGUGAUCAUGGUGAAAAUAUUUGCAGACAGCUGUUACAGUGCACUAUAUGGUCACCAAGUAACCUUAUAUUUUUCUUUAUAUAUUUUACAAAUGUAACCCCUGUCGUUGAAGCAACCGUGGAAGAGGCAGGGUCGGUGAUGUUUAAAAAAGUUCCGAGGUGAUGGCAAACAUUUAAUUUUAAUGAAUGACUUUUUAGAGUUUAUACAAAAUGACCUUAGCUUGCUACCAGAAAUGCUCCGAAUGUUUUGUCAAGACUUUAAUACUCUCGUAGGAUGUUUCUGAACUGUCUCCCGAAUUAACUUUAUGGGAGUCUACAGACAGCAAGACUGGAAAAUCUGAUUGGAGUUUUUGUCUUUCACAUUCCUUUUGAAAACUCUUUGUUCGAAUGCAAAUCAUCGACUUAAAAUACUAUUCUUAACCAAUGCCUGGAAGAAAGAAGACACUUGCAAAGCCACUAAGACAGGACCACACAUCUUAAACUGCUGUUCCUACAAUGCAAUAAAAUGUUUUUAUGUUUUAAACCACACCCUAGGCUCCAGGAGUGUUGAGGAAAGAUGGUGUUUGUAGGUCUCCAUGCUGUUUGGCAUUGUGGGGUGUGGAGGGAUCAUCCGUCGACUUUCUGGAUUUUAAUGUAUUCACUUAGUAACAAACCAUGAUUGUCUUAAAUGCAUUAAAUUAUGAUGAGAUUUCUUGUCUCAGAGCCCAAUCAGAUUGUCAAGAAUUGACAUGUCUUAGGUUUGAUCACCCUUGACCACUUCUUAUAGAUAUUUCUUCAACAAAUCAUGUGUGAUGCCUGUAGGGACGUAACUGUACCUUUAAAAUAUUGUUUUCAUAUUGCUGCGAUGGGGAUUCGAGGUUCCUGUAUGUGCCACUGUUUUCAGAAUCUGUAGUUUUAUACAGGUGCCGACCCUCGUUGUGAUGUAUGUGCUGUGCACAUUGACAUGCUGACCGGAAUGAUAAGCGUUUAUCGUGUAUAAAAAGACGCCACUGGACUGGAUGUACACAAUUGGGAAAGGAAUUAAAAACUAUUAAAGUUGUGCCUUGAAAUGCCAA